GAUUUAACUUCAGAUACUAAUAUAAUGUUAUUACAGCUUAAAAAUACUAAAGUUAUCAAUUAAUCAACAGGUUUUAAUACAAUUGAUAAAAAGGAGAUCAUUUUAGUGAUGAUUGCCCUAAUGAUGAUGAUGAUGACUUUAGCAGAUUGUAAACAAAGUUAAAACAGGCCCGGGUGCUCAUCUCUCACAUGUGGUUCAGCUGCAAAUUGGUUCAAAACCGAAUGCCGCUAUUCCAGUCUCAGUUGAACAGUGGCUGUGUCAAAGUAUGGACCAAUGUUUUAAAGUUUUAACCGAUGUAAAUUCACUCUCAAUAAAAUAAUAAAAUGUCAGCAAUAAAAAAUACAAAAUCACGCAAACGCUCUGCGAAACAAGCAAAACUGGAAAGUGUUACAACAUUUAAAACCCAACCGAAUUUUGGAUUCGAUCAAACCGAUUCUUCCGUUUAUCCAGUUCGACAGCGUACUCAAGCAAAUGCACGUGAAAGGGAUCGAACUCACAGGUACAAUUCUCUUUUGAAUGUCAAUUCCGCAUUUGUAAUCUUACGUACUUUAAUUCCAACUGAACCAAAGGAUAGAAAGUUAUCCAAAAUUGAAACAUUGCGUUUGGCUUCAAGUUACAUAUCACAUUUGGCUACACAAUUAAUGGCAGGAUCUUUGGGACUUCCGUGUCACAAUAUAAUUAAUUAUGACACUAAUGAAAAUGUUCCAAGUCGUAAUUCUGUUUGUACGUUUUGUAUUGCCCACAAGAAAGGAAUGAAUAAGGGAAUUCCACCAGACAACAAGAAAAAAUAUCAACAUUGCGAAAAUACUUCGAUGUUGGAAAAUGAUUUAACUUUAUACCCUCAACAAAACUUUGAAUGCGACUACGGAUUCAGAGAAUUUAUUAAUAUAAAUGAUGUAAAUAUGCUUGCUACUUCAGAUGCAAGUUCCACAUUAAGCCUAGUUGAUUAAUUAUAAAAAAAUAUAAAAUAUUAAAGUAAUUACAUCUGCGGAACAUAGGUAAAAAGAAAAAAAGUAGAUUUUGUUUGCAGUCAUGUUCAGCAUAAAUAAUAAACAUUUCAACAAUG